AUGGUGGACAGAGGCAUGUAUCAGUCGAUCGAGCGGCUGAGUGGUAGAGAUAAUUACCACACGUGGGCGAUUGCCAUGAAGGCAUAUCUUCGUCUCGACGAUCUAUGGGACACCGUCGAAGCUCCAACAGGUGGGAGUUUGAGUACCGACGCAAAGAAAAUCGUCAAAGCACACUCAAGGUUAAUUCUAGCCAUCGAGCCACAGCUCUACACACACGUACAACAAGCCGACUCAGCCAAAGAAGUUUGGAAGAAACUCAAGGACGCGUUUGCUGAUGACGGCGUAAUGAGGCGCGUAAGUCUUUUCAAUGAAUUUAUUUCUACGACUUUGGAAAACUGUGCCUCUGUAGAAGAGUAUGUACACAAAGUCAUUACGUGUGCCCAUAAACUCGAAAACGCGCAAAUGACUAUUCCGGACGAGUGGCUGGCAUUUAUUCUCUUAACUGGUUUACCAGAGGCAUACAAGCCUAUGGUUAUGGCGCUUGAAAGCUGCGGUAAAAAAUUAACCUCAGAUUUCGUAAAAUCCAAGAUACUUCAAGAAGUCAAGAUAGACAGUGCAUCGAGUAAAGGUGAUUCACAUGCAUUUGCAAGUAUGCAUCACAAUCAAAGAAAACCUCCUUUUGACAAAAACAAAAAUUCAAACCUUUUGCAAAAAAGAAAAAAGGCUCUAGUUAAAUAUUAUAACUGCAAUAAGCUUGUUCAUCUUGCUAAGGAUUGCAAGAUGCCAAACAAGCGUGCAGGGCAAGUGUACAACGCACAAGAAGCAUCGGAUUCUGACACAGAUGACGAGGCAACAAGCAUGUGCGCUUAUCAGAUCAGUAUGUCAAGGAAUUUAAAAAUAUCUGGCUCAUCGACUCUGGAGCAUCAAGGCACAUGUGUAACGAUAAAUCAAAGUUUAAAGAUUUCCAAAAAAUCACCGAAAGAAGAAUUGGUGUGGCAAACACAAGCAAAAUGA